AAGCUAUGCCGUUUAACGCUUCCACCAGUGUUCCUGUUAUUCCUUCAUCUGAUCUUCCAACGGUCGAGGAAGUGAGAGGAUUUAAUGCUGAAGAACUUAAUGGCUUUUUGAAAAGGAGUUUAAACAACAUUAAUAAUCACAUAGAUACCUUGACAGCUCAAGAAGUCGAUGGUGAAACAUUUCUUAUUUUAACGCAUGAAGGUCUUAAAGUUUCUGGGAUACCUCUUGGAGCUUCAACAAAAAUCAUAAAGUUGCUUAAUGACAUUAAAGGAG